AUGCCCGCAGGUGGGAGCGCAGUGCGGGCGCAGUGGGGGCCCGCCCCAGAAGCCGGGGACACCUCCGGGGCGGGACUCUGCGAGCACCGACUCCCGCAGCGACGUCACUCGCGGAGUGAGGGCGGGCGGGCUGCGGGUUUCCUCCGGGCCGUGUGCCCCGCCGCUGGCACGCGCGCCCGCGUCCUCUGCCUCUCCGUAGCUGACCGCUGCGAGGCUGAGGCGUGUGGGACGGGAUGGGGGGAGGUUAAGAUCGAGGACGGCGUGUUCCUCAGCCGUCUAAACCGUGAGGAUUUUGCCUUCCUUAGUCGCAGAUGGUUUCCACGCUCGUCUAACCCGAGUAAGCAAAGAAUUCACACUGGGGAGAGAACCGAUAAAUGUAAAGUUUGUGGCAAAGGUUUCAGUAGGAGUGAUACCGGAGGAAGGGUGUGGGGCGGUGGGUUCCGAGAGAGCAGCAACUUCUGUCUCCAUCAGAGGAUCCACAAUGGGGAGAAAACUUAUAAAUGUGAUGGGUGUAGGAGAGCCUACACUGUGAGCUCCAAUCUGAUCCUGCAUUAUAGAGUUCAUACUGCACACAGACCCAAUGGAUGUGACCAAUGCAGCAACUCCUUUAGCUGGAGAUCAGAUCUUAGUAAGAAUCAAAGGCUUCAUACUGGAGAGAACCCUCCUGAAUGUAACGUGUACAAUAAGGCCUUCAGUCAAAGUUCUGACCUCAAACACCAGAGAAUACAUACUGAAGAAAAACUGUACAAAUGUCUUAUGUGUGGGAAAGCUUUCGGUCAGAGCCUACUCCUUUUUAAGCAUCAUAGAGUAGACACUGAGAGAAUCCCUACAAUAUAA